CCGACAACCGCCCUCGCAACACUCUGUCCGUACCAAAUUCCGGUCGUUGGCGUGAUAUUCUCGCGCAGAGAGACAGGAAAUCGCCAUCAUGGGGGGCAACGCAAGCAAAGUCACCGCCCAGGACAAGGCGAUCCUGGACAUGAAGAACCAGCGCGACAAGCUACACCAAUAUCAGCGCCGUAUAACGAUUCUUACCGAUAAGGAAACAGACAUCGCCAAGCAGAUGCUGGCAAAAGGCGACAAGAAGCGGGCCUUGUUGGCUCUGCGACGGAAGAAGUACCAGGAGUCGCUGCUAGCAAAGACGGACGCCCAGCUGGAGCAGCUGGAGCAGCUCACAAGCAACGUUGAGUUUGCGCAAAUACAAAAGGACGUCGUUUUUGGUCUACAGCAGGGUACAAAGGUCCUUCAAGAGAUCCACGCCGAGAUGGGUGGCAUAGAGCAUGUCGAGAAGCUCAUGGGCGAUACGGCUGACGCUAUUGCGUACCAGCAGGAAAUCAGCGAUAUGCUUGGCGGCCGAAUCUCAAAUCACGACGAGGAAGAAGUCGAGGACGAGCUCGCAGCGUUGGAGCGGGAGAUUCUGGGGUCCAAGGAACCCAAGCUGCCGACAGUUCCAAAUUCACAACUACCGCAGCAGCGGGUGGCCGAGGAUGUGCAGGAGGAGGCUCCGGUGGAAAGACAGGCUACGCUGGCGUCAUAGGUGUGACAGGC